CUUGUUGCAUAUCAGAGUUUAGUAUAAUAUUAGUACUAUGUUUGUUCUAUUCUCAUGAUCUGGCAUUUUGCAGAGACCACUUGUUCCAUAUACCAUAACAAGGAUUUCGUAAUCUCUUCAAGCUUAUCGGUUGAUCUGAAAGACAGAGAGGGUUCCUGGAAGGAACAUUUCAAGAAGAUCUCUAUGGAGGAGAGGAGCAAGUUUGAUGAAGAAACGCUUUCGAACUUGGAAGGAGUCAAGACAAGGAAAACCUACUCGAUGAAAACGGAUGGCAGCAAAAAUGAAUAUAUAGUGGUAACCCUUCUGGUCGCUGCCGACGAAACACUGAACCUCCCCGAAGCGAUUCGAAGCGCUGCAGAUCUGGAAGCAGCGGUUUUGAGGCUUAACUCCACACCUGAAAGUGAUCUUCUGGUAAUGCAUCACAGAGUUUCCUAAUUUCCACUCCACAAGUUACCAGAGCUGCUUGAUUUCAGAUGCGUAUUAAUUUGAUAUGAUUAAUUAAUUAUGGCGGAUACAUGUAAUUUUGUAACAAGGCUUGGACUGCGUAUCAAUAUAUCUAACUUCUUGAUUGGUUCGUUCAUGUGACGUUUGUCAUAUUUUGUUGUUUUGCCAAUUGAGGAUCAUACUGUUGUUUCAACGGGGUGUUCAAGUCCUGUGGACGCCUCAAGAUGAGGAUGAUGUUCUUUCGGAGGAGAGGAUGCAGAAGGAUUACCCGUAUCUGAAACCCCUUUUGCGUGGUGAUAACUAGGACGUACUGCCUUCUGCUUCUCAUGCCCUUUGGAUGUUGGAUCGGAGGUUAGGGUCAUUUCUAGUUGGAAGAAGAUCGAAUUAAUAGGUGGGGAUUAAUGCUCCUAUAGGGUUUGUUAGGUUAAACAAUGGAUGAUGUAAUGUGGUGUGUCCCGCCUGCAUGUUAGAGUGAACUGUGUGUCAUACAGAAAUCUUCCCCUCGUUGGUCGGAGGGUACUGUUAUG